AUGGCGGAAGUAAGCGCGGAAGUAGCAGCUAUCCCUUGUCUGAGUACUAAUGCGGGCCCUCGAGAUACUGAGAAUUGGGUGACGCGAGUCAAGGAAGAGUACUUGGCUUUGAUUCAGUACAUCAAGCAAAACAAAGAGCGCGACAACGACUGGUUCAAGCUCGAGUCUAACAAGGAAGGAACCAAAUGGUGGGGCAAGUGUUGGUACCUCUAUGAGCACCAGCGCUACGAGUUUCGAGUCGAGUUUGACAUCCCCGUCGCCUAUCCCCAAGCCGCCAUCGAAAUCACCCUGCCCGAACUAGAAGGAAAAACUGCCAAGAUGUACCGCGGCGGGCGAAUUUGCCUGACGGAUCAUUUCAAGCCGCUUUGGCAACGAAACAUCCCUAAAUUUGGCAUUGCACACGCGAUGGCGCUUGGUUUAGCUCCUUGGCUAGCUGUUGAAGUUCCCGAUCUUGUUCAAAAAAAGCUUAUUUCUGUCGAGUAA